AAAUGAGAGGACUUGUGUGUUAUGACCAGUGUUCAGAGGAUGGUUGUUGGGGGCCCAGGACUAAUGAUUGUCUUUCUUGCAAUGGUUAUAGACUGGAUGAUGAGUGUAUUGAAAACUGUACCAUAAGAACAGGGGUUUAUUAUGCUGGAGAAAGAACAUGCAAACAUUGCCAUGAAGAAUGUGAUGGAGAAUGUUUUGGUCCUGGUCCCAGUAAUUGUACUAAGUGCCGAAAUGUAAGAGAUGGGCCAUACUGUGUUGCGAAGUGCCCAGUCACGAAGUAUAGUGAUGACGGAGGAGAGUGUAAACUUUGUCAUGAGAACUGUCUUAACGGUGCACAUAAAAGUGAAGUAAUUCAAUCCAGUAUAUGGAAGAAAUCAACAAAAUCUCUAAUUUUGAAAGUUGUCAACGUCCUUUUCAGGGAUGAAUGCUGCUUAAAAGAAGAAGAACCAUGCCCAGAUGGUUAUUAUAUUGAAUAUGUAAAUCCUCGAGAAGAAGGGCCUCUUAAAAGCUUGGCUGGGAAAUUGGUGUGCCGAAAGUGUCAUAAAUUAUGCAAGACUUGUACAAGUUACGGGGUCCACAUUUCGAUGUGUGAGUGUAUGAACUACAGCUCAGGGCAGCAGUGUACAGCAGAGUGUCCCAGGGACCACUAUCCAAAUCAAAUCAGUCGACGUUGUAUCAAGUGUGCAAGUGAGUGUCGAGGAUGCUAUGGUCCAACAGCUGCCAAUUGUCGUGCAUGUCGCAAUUACAGAGUGUAUUUAGAUGAAAAUCAGACUGUGUUUAAUUGUACAGCAUCCUGUCCACUUGAUAAGCCUGUCAAAGUUUUGAUUGAUAACAUGGAAGAUCCCUUCUGCUCCAUAGAUGGCCCUACAGCUCUAGAAAUAUAUGAAAUAAAAAAUAACAUAGAAGCAGUAUUUGGUGGAUCUGUUGGAUGUAUAGUGGUGCUUUUAGUUUUUUUGGCUAUGUUUAGUUACUUCUGGUUACAUCGAGCUAAGAGAAAAGAAAACUCAAUGAAGCUAAGAAUG